AUGACGUCAGUACUUUGCCUUCCAAAGCGCCAUGUUGUAUUUAUGUGCCAUUUGAAAAUAACCAGCUUGAUCAAAUUAUGGAUUUGGAAAAGGCUUGUAUUAUUCAUAGGAAUAGCUCGUUUGGUAGAGGAAGGUUUUGACAAGAAAUCUGACAUGUCGGGGCUUUUUGAUGCGCACAAAGUCGGUUUGCCGAAAGACUCUCGUUCGAGGGCGAGGAGGAAGGAGGAUGACUUGCUUGUCUUCGGCUAUGCGUGCAAAUUAUUUGAGGACUAUGAAAAGGCUGCGGCCUUUGAUCCAGAAAAGAGCUUGAUACCAUGGAUGGGUGAUGAAUCCCUACGUAUCGACAGGUCUGUUCAAUUAUAUUUUGAUUAAAUGUAAUAAAAACUGUGUUGAAAUCAAGUUUCGUUGAUGUUAUUGUUGUUGUGAAUGGAGGUUUCCUCCGCGAUUUGUUUCAGAAAUAUCUCACAUGGAUUUGCCCUUUACACUCGAGUAAAGGAGAUUGAAGUUUUAUAUACUUUCACGGAACGUAAAGAAUGUAAAGACGAUCGAUAAAAACUUUUGAAAUCCACAUUUUAAAAAGCCGAAAGAUGGAAGUUCUGAUCUGAAACAAGGAAUUGAGAGCUUUUUAAAAUGCGUUUUUCUUUUACCCAUAUUGGAACACUGACGGCAGUAGAGACAAGGUAAGUUGGUUGCAUCGGGACAAGAAACCAGUUGUAUGAUAUGUAAGUAUAAAAUAAUCGUUUGAUAACAAUUUAAUUACAGUAAUUACAUCUGCCUAUCUUUAAUUCUGACAGUUUCUCUAUAAUUGCACAUGUGACACAAUCAAGUAGAGGGUUAAAUAUAAUUUGUUACAAAAAGAAACAGAAAAGCUGAAUUGAACAAAGAUUAGCAUUUUCAAGGAAAGGUCAUCUUAAAAAGUUUUCCGCUGUAUUUUGAUUCUACCACUGGUCCAGUUUUGUAGGUACAUGUUGCUGUUAUGUUGAUUACAACACGCUAAUAGAAGGCCAAUGACUUUAUUUUAGAUAUGAUGCUCGUCUGCACCUCACUGACAAAGCACAGUUUAUUGCCAAACCGUCUGAUGGAGUUCCUUCACUUACGCCUGAAGAAGAGGAAAUAGAGAGAUUGUGUGAUGAAGAAAGAUACAUGGAUCUCAACCGUGAUAUGGAGGAAUAUGAGUCUCAGCAAGGUAAGUUUAAGCAUGCAUUCAUUCAUUUAUGAGGUACUGAAGAAUUAAAAUUUAUUCUGUUAAUUGUGGCUAAUCCCUUACCUGCUAUGAACAGGCAACGUUUUUCCAGGAUUUCAUUUGUAAGACAUUUCUAGUUUGUCUACAAAACCAGCGCAUUUGUCAACUGAACCAAUUUACUGACAAAAACUAGUUCACUGUAUUGCCUCUAUGCUCAAAGCACUUUGAUAAAAUAAUCCAGAGAAGAUGGCUGUCAUAGAAUUUUCCAGAAAUAAAAAGCCACUCUUCGCUAGUGACAUUAUUUUAUUGUACAAUUAUAAAAAGUUGGCCCAGAGUUUUAGAAAACUUGUGUUUCAGUAGGUGGAACACACGUGGAGCUGUCAAAACUGUAUUGCCUCUAUGCUCAAAGCACUUUGAUAAAAUAAUCCACGGAAGAUGGCUGUCAUAGAAUUUUCCAGAAAUAUAAAGACGCUCUUGGCUAUUGACAUUCUCAAUUGUUUGUCUACAGGCUCUCACCCUUUCCCUUCCCUCUCCUUGCGAUUUUUUCAGCCUUUCCCCAAACAAAGGGCCUGAUCACAGGCUAGUUCAGUUGGAUAAUCUUGACUUUUGUGUAGAUAAACUUGAAUGUUUUACUUGUAUAUGAACAUGACCAUAAAUGUGAGUGACUAAGGAACUUAAUAAAAUGUUACAUUUUCUUAACAGAAGAGGAAAUGAAAAGAUUUCAGCAAGCCCUUCAAGAAGAUGGCGCGUAUAAUUCAGUGUCAUUCGGUUAUGACUAUAAUACUCCAGAAAUCCCUUCACAGUAUCCACAAACUACAUCUGCACAUGAAAAUAAGCAAAGUGGUAAGUGUUCAACGUCAUGAUGAGUAAUUGCUAUAAAGGAAGAACCACUUUGGAACCAGCUUUUAUAUUUUGUUUUCAUCUAGUAGUUGAUCAUGUCACCAGUGGGAUAACAUCCAAAGUCCCACUCAACCCCGCUGAACAUGUUAUAAUAAACUGUUUUGAAAAUCUAAAGUCAAUUGAGCAAAGUGAAAGACUGCCCUUUACAUAGGAUUUUUGUUGUAAUUUGUGCUUGUUAUUUUGCUAAAUUUUCAUGCAAUAACCUGGAGACCCAUUUACGAUCUUGAAACAGUGACAUAAGAUAGAAGAAAUGGCGACAAACAAUGUGUAGAUGGGUUAAAACUGGAACAACUAUUGUGAAAUACUGACAGGGGGAUGGCCUCCUCCUGAAUACUUGAAACAACUGGUUUUGGAAUUCAGACUAGGGAGAUAUGGGUCUCAACAAACAUUGUGGAGCGAACUAGGAACAAUUUUAUUUUUUUACCCCCAGGAAAUAUUAUUUAAUUCCAACAUUUGAGUUAGCACAUGGAAUCCUAUUGAGUUACCAUUCAAGUGAAACCUCUUGAAUGGUACAUUCACAUAGUUCAGUGUGUUUUUCAGUAUUUAAAUAUGGAUAUCUGGGAAUAUGAUUAAAAGGGUUAAAACAUGUUUAACUUUAAUUUAAUCCAUGUAACAUUAUAUCUUUUAACAUUAAACCAUGUUUAACUAAACAAGUUUUAGCUUUGCCCUGAACAGACUUAACAUUCAUCUGCACUUUGCAUGUUAUUAGAUUUACUGUGACAAGCACAUAAAUUAUAACGUAGAUUACAAAAAGUGACAAUGUAUAUUGUAUCCUCUUUCUAGGAUCAAUGUUAUACAAAACUCAACAAGACAGUUCUUUUCCUACAUCUGAUGUCCAGAAAACAGUGUUACCCCCUGCUCCUCUUCCUGCUGUAGUUGCUCCUCCACCAGAACCUUUUGUUCCCCCGGAUGAGCUGGAAAUACCGCAGGGAAUGGAGAUUGUAAGUACUCAGUCCUGUUUACAAGUUCUUUGCUCUGUCAUUUUUAAAUGUUCAUGAUAAUAUUUUAAUUUUCUUUAUCAAGCGUGUUUGCUGAUACUCUGAUGACUUUUAUUUCGCAGUUGACAAAGCAACAAAUUUUUUACCUCAUACUGUUGAAAAAUAUCUUGGGUUCACAGUUUCCUGAGAAGUUAAUCUUUCUCUGGAAAAUUUGUGAUUUCAGGUCAAUCAGCAACACAGAGGUUGGCAAAAUUAACUGCUUCUUGUUGUGUAUAUAGUGGUUCAAAUUAUAUUUUCCUUUGUUUGGGGGUCAGGUAGUAGGCAUGUUGUACAAUAAUGAGUUAGAAACAAAGGAAAAUGAAACUUGAGCCAUAGACAAAAUUAAACUACAUGUAUGAUGAGUACAUGAAUGGCUAUGUAAACAUAUAUAAAUAACAGUUUGUAGAAAAUGAAAAAAAGAACACUCACUUUUUUUUUGUUUUAAUAAGCCAUUUCUGAGUUCCAAAGGCUCUCACUUUCAAAAUGAGGCUAAGUGCCAAACUUUUGUUGUGAAAAUGAGUUUUAUUUGCAUGAGAAUUGAAUAAUCAUUUUCACAUCAAUGGCUUUGCUCUUAGCCUCGUUUUGAAACAGAGGCUUGAGGCCACUCAGAAAUUGCCUUUGUGUACCCAGCAGGCACUAUACUAACUUUUCAAGACAGUCUGUUUCUUUAGUAGGAAUUCAGCUACAUUCACUAAGAGGUGCUUAUGCAGGGCAGAGUCUUCAAACACAAAUGUAAUCACCUGGACAAGUGUCUAUUUUCAAUUUCAGUCUAAACCUUCAAACUGUGCUGUGCAUUUCUUAGAGCAUCUAGGGGUUGGAAAAUGUUGCCAAGUUUAACUUACCAUAAACACUGGCAGACCAUAAGCCACCCUUACAUAUGAACAGCACCCUCAGUGAAGAAGCUUGAUAUUGACUAAAAUUUUGAGUUGUGAAAGAAGCCUUAUUUUUUAUUACAAAUUUCAAAUUUCAAAUUUCAUUAUGACAGUCAAACUCUGUCUAUGAAAGACUCGUGCAAACACUCAAUUUUUAAAAUGAUUUAACUACAAUGUGGAAUUAAGGUAUGGCUUAUAUCUGCUGUUGUUUUUGGUUAUCUUAAGAAUAGUUUGGAACUAAAAUAUGAGGAAUGCAUGGCUGUUGUGGGAAUGGACUUUCUAAUGUGAGUCUGUGUUAUCAUGUGGUAUUUCAUUUUUGCAGACUGGCGAGUUUAUAUUUUGUGGGAAUAUGUUUCUUAGUGGGAAUUAAUUUUUGAAAUAUCUUAAUGUCUGUGAAAGUAAAAUAAGUUUAACCUUGGUGUUAAUUUUUCUGGAGAUUUGUAAUGGAUUAUGGGAAAACUGCAAAAAUCACAUAGCUCCCAAAAAUCUACUGGCACAUGAACUGUAGAUGGCAUGGGAAGGCAUUGACCUGAUUUAUCUAUUCUUUAACAACUUUUUAUUUAUGUUUUAAGGUUUAAAAUUUUAGAGCCAGUGUGACUUCUUGUGGCUGAGGUUUUUACAGCAAUAGUGGUUUGUUAAUAUAACUUAUGUUACCUCACUUUUAGCCUGAAACAGCUAAAAUGCAAGCCAUUAUUGAAAGGACAGCUGCCUUUGUUGCGAAGCAAGGGAAACAAAUGGAAAUCUUGGUUAAAGCCAAGCAGUCAGGAAAUCCUCAAUUUGACUUUUUACUCAUGGACAAUUGGUUAAACCCUUACUACAAGCAUGUGUUGAGAUAUAUAACGGAGGGAAAGUUUACUCCAGAAAUCCCGCCACAGCCAUCGACACAGCCUCAAGAAGAAGAGAAAGAGAGUGAUAGCAGUGAGGAAGAGUCUGAUGGAGAAUAUGAACUACAUCCUUUGUUACAAGCAUCACUUCACAAAAAGGUAACAAGGUCACGGCCAACAUCAGCAUCAUCACCAGUACCUCUUGGUAACAAGUUUAAUCGUACUUUUGCACCAGUGACAAGUGGAUUGUCAUCUACAGCUUUCCCACAUGAUCACACCGACAAUAACAAUGCACAUGUUAGCAUUGUUGAUGAGGAAGUUAAUUACAGUAUGUGGUACCCACAAGGUAUGUGUGCCUUUUAAGUUUCAUUUUGAACUUCUCUCAUGAAGGUCUCAGGAAAGUUCUGCCCCAACUGUAGACCUCAGGUUCUUAACUACACUGCUUUGAAAUGAAGGUUGUACACUGCAGUGGUGGAAGAGUAUGUCAGAUUAACAUUUUUAUGGAAAUUGUCCCCUGUGCUUUCAAAUUAGAUCAUAAUCUGCAUGCCAACUCACUUUAAAGUACAGUUCACAAUAGGAUAAUCUCCUACCAUUUCUAAAGACACUUCUUAUUGAUAUUACAGUAAUACAUUUGAAAUUUAAGUCCACUGAGUGCAAACCAGUGCUGUUGUUAGCCCAUGCACAUGAACAAUAAAACUGAACUGGAUAUUAUUUUAAGUCUGCGAGACAUGCUUCUUCACAAAAUUAUCAUCUCUGUUUACCUGUAAAUCAGGGUCAUAGUCCUCAUUUCCAGCAUCAUGACCUAACCAUUACCACCACAACCCUCAACAGAGAUUAGAUCCUGUGUUGCUGUGUUCCCUGUUUGGGACUAUGACUAGUGUUCAUUGGAAAGAGUUAUUCUCCAAGUUAAGGAGAUUAAAUAUGCAGUGUUUGUUUGUUUGUUUGGUUGUGGCUGGGACCAUCUCUAAGUGUCCACUGACACAGUAGAGGGUUUGCACCUACUGGAGAUGCCCAUUAAUGAUACAGUGGAACCCCGUUAGACACCAAUAAAUGCCAAAAAUUUGGCCGUAGCAGCAUGCAAAGAAAUAAAUUAGUGUCCGAUAGCCCGGGAGUGGAUUUUUCUAUCAGGCUAGUGAAUUCUGUUAUUAACUUGCCCGAUGGGCAAGUGAAGUUUUUUGAGGAAUUCAAAUUGCAGAGGAACUGUGAAAUCAAUCUGCUCUUCGAAACGUUUUGGGGGCUAGUUGAAAUGAUGUUUGGGCUUGUAAAUGUUAGCUUCAGCGUACCCGAAUGGCUGGCUGUAAAAGUGACUUUCUUUGCACCCUGUGUAGGAACAGGGUGGUCAUAUUACCAGGGCAGGGUAAAAUUUCAUGAGUUAAAUGUCGUAAUGAAAAACACACCAUACAUCGCAUUCACACUUCUUGAACAACUGUUCUCUUUAGAAAACAACCAGAAUAUUUUAAAAACUACUUGAAACCUUUCUUCAGUACAUAUAACACUUUUAAAAAAUUGGCUAUAACAUCACCAAAAAUGCAUCUUAAGUGCACUGUAGUCUAAAAACAAUUAUUAUACAAGAACAGGCUUAGCUUACCUGGUCAAUGAAAUUGACAUGUCACAGGCAUUUUAAUUUUCUAAAUUUUGAAUGAGUGGCCAUAUUACCAGGGUAAAAGUAUAAAAGAUUUUACUAUUCAGGAUUUUGAAUUGUAGCCAUUAGCCAUAUUAAUGGGUGACCACAUUUACAAGGUAUUUUUAAAAGAAAAUGUAUGGCCAUUUUGCCAGGUCAAGAAAAAUUCACUAAUAUAUUUUUUGUAUUUCAGACGAUAUGUAUGGGCAUUAUGUGUCAUCUGCUGGUUACACAUACCACCCCCCUGUGGUACCUGUUCUCUCAGUUGCUGAUAUGAUUCCACCUCCUCCACCACCCCCUGGGGAGGGACCCCUAGAAGGUAAAUCAGUUUAUUUGCACUUUUUCCAACAGACUAUAAUCCAGAUGCACUGUAUGGUCAUACUAAUCAAUCACUAACAAACAUAAAAAAAAUAAAACACAAUCUACACUGACAGUGGGAAUGCCGAGAAGCUUUUGGAACAAUUUGUUUAAUUGGCUAAUGAAACAUUAGCAGAAAGUACCCCUAUCCCUAUGGCGUGCAUUUGCGGACAAAAAUAAUUGAAAAUAAAAGACAAUUUGAAGUUCAAAAAUUAGACUAUCCCUGUUGAAAUCUCGUCAUAUUGAAAUCGCAAUGAACGCAGUCGAAAUAGCAUCAUGCGAACUUGAAGCUACUUUGAACAAGUUUAAAACUAUAAAGGGAAAACUCGACAUCGCAGAUGUUGAAGUUCAAAUCACCAUUCCAACUAAAAUGCAAAUUACAUGAUUUGAACUUCAAUUCACCUUCUCCACUCUAAUAAGCCACUUAAUCGUCAACAAUGCAACCAUAAUCUUCCACUUAAUUCCAAAUGAAACCUUUAAUUUGAACUUAAAGUCACGUCACAUAUUCAAAUUCGAAAAACCAAAAUUUCAAUUCGAAAGGAAGCGGAAGUAAAAAUACACAGCAACCAGAAAUGAUAAGAGUUUCGCUACAUUGUACAUACGGGAUGUUUGCAUAACUGCAUUUUGGCGCGAAAAGAUUUCCCUUCACUCGAACUCUCUGGUCAAUAUGGCGGUCAGUGUGAAUGAUAAGGGUGACUCUAGGACAAUCCAACAGAUUCUGAGGGCUGUAGUGACAAACUUAAACUUUAUAAAAGGAGAAGCGUUAAGGUUUCUGAGAACAAAUUACUCUCAAUUUACUUUUGAGGAAAACAUGAGCAAUUUCAAAACACGCCUGCAGAAUAGAGAUUACUCAGCUAGAAUUGUAGAAACACACCUUUCAGAGAUUAAAUUCUCUGAUAAAGAAAUGUCGCUAGCGCGAGCAGAAAAUACUGCCCUUUCUAACACAAUACCAUCUGACAUUGCCUAACCUAAAGGACACACUCAUGGGGAAAUGGCACCUUAUAGAAAAUCAACCGCAACUGAGAGAAAUCUUUAAGGAGCCCCCAUCAUCUCAUAUCGUAAGGGAAAAUCCCUAAAGGACAUCCUAGUUAAAGCUAAGCUAUGAAGGCUUUAUUAGAAUUUAUUCAUCCGCGAACUGCAGGAGUUGUGUAGGCUUGUCAACACUGUUAGCAGAGUUGACAAAGUUCUCUGGUGCAUGGUGAGCAUCAAGUCGACGAAAUAAAAAUUCAGAAUUAUCAUAUGAUACUGAGUUUAGAUUAGUUUCUGAUGCCUCAAAAACUCUAACCAGUCCAACGAAAAACUCUUCGUUGUUCAGUAGCCAUCGAGCAGCCAUGACGAUGAUCACAUCAGAGAUGAGGAAAGCUCAGGUUCCAAGCCUCCCAUCCGUAAACUCGAACCUAGUCGUCACUCGGUUUCUGUGUAUUUUUACUUCCGCUUCCUUUCGAAUUGAAAUUUUGGUUUUUCGAAUAUGUGACGUGACUUUAAGUUCAAAUUAAAGGUUUCAUUUGGAAUUAAGUGGAAGAUUAUGGUUGCAUUGUUGACGAUUAAGUGGCUUUUUAGAGUGGAGAAGGUGAAUUGAAGUUCAAAUGAUGUAAUCUGCAUUUUAGUUGGAAUGGUGAUUUGAACUUCAACAUCCGCGAUAUCGAGUUUUCCCUUUAUAGUUUCAACUUGUUCAAAGUAACUUCAAGUUCGAGUGAUGCCAUUUCGACUGCGUUCAUUGCGAUUUCAAAUUCAUAUGACGAGAUUUCGACAUGGAUAGUCUAAUUUUUGAACUUCAAAUUGUCUUUUAUUUUCAAUUAUUUUUGUCCGCAAAUGUACGCCAUAUAUCCCUAAAACAAUAGCAGGUAUGUUUUCAACAGCCAGUGAAAAUAAUAGGAACUUUAAUGCUCCAAGAAUGCAUUGUUGGAAUGUAAAUGUACAAACAAGUAAUUAACUAGAGAAGUGCACUUAAGCAGAAUGUUAGUGCUCAGUUCUUAUGGCACAUGUUGUCUAGCUGAAUAAGUUAGUGAUCCAGUUUCAAGUUUCCUUAAGUAGGUAGUGUGUUAAUAGUGUCAGAGAUACCAAGUAGUGAUCUCUUUAGUACACACCUACCCUGUUUCCAGAGGAUUUUCUUUAAAUUUUCCCCGCACGAGAGCAGUGUUUUCCUUAUCAGGAGGUAACCAGUAGAAUUUACUACCUGAGGCAACACUUCUGACUGUCUGCAACCGCUUGAGGGUUUGCUAAAAUUAAACAUGUAGUUUAAAAAAUUUGCAAGUUGUGAUAUUGUGGUUGUUGAAAACUUGUUAGGCAGAGCAGUUUUUUAAAGUUCUCUUUAGUUGUUUGUAACGUUUGAUAAGGCUUGACAUGUUGCUUGGGAGACUUAUUUGUUUGACUUGAAGUUGGGGUUCUGUCAUUCACAAGUAAUUUCUCCAGUUCUACAGCGAACAAGGAUGCAUAGUUGGCGUUUAUAACAAAAUGAACUAGACAGCUGUGAUACAGCCCCUUUAAGGCUUAGUUCACUUAAUACUAAUCUAGUUGUGCUUUUUUCACAGAGGAGUGGUUGGAGUUUACAUCAUCAGUACCCCCUCUGCCGCCCCCUCCCCCACCACCAGUACCUCCAGCACUGUUUCUUCAUGAUGGUGUUGAUGUCUCAGAGGCUUUGCCUCCCCCUGAUCCCACUGGGAUGUCUACAAUGCCACUAGGCACACCACAGGUUAUACCGCCUCCCCCUGACCUGCAACCCAUCGUGGACAAGCUGGCAAUUUAUGCAGCCAAAAAUGGUCCUGACUUUGAGUCGAUCAUCAAAGCUAAGAAUGAUCCUAGGUUUGAGUUCUUGAAUCCUUGGAACACCCAUCAUGGUUAUUAUAACCUCAAGAAACAGGAAGCACUAGAAAAUCAACAGCUGCAACAAUCAGCCACAUCUGAAGGUAAAGAACAUUGAUAUUCCUGUUUUAAAAGGUGUCAGAGUAAAGGGACAUGUCACAGUACACCUACUGUAGCCGCCGGUGCCACCUAGACAAAGGUGACAAAUCAGAUUACAGGGAAAUAACAAUGCAUUCCAAGAAAGUUGAUUGUGGGUCAAUAAGCAGCUCAUAAGAAAAUAAUAAGUUACUUGUAGUACUAAUUUAAAUAUUGAUAGCAAGUUGUUUCCAAUAAAGGAAAAUUUCUCGUUAGGCAAUGUUUUCCUUUCCAAAACUUUAUAAUGCCCAGGAGACAUAUUUGUUUGACAGAAGCUGUUAUUUUGUCAUCUAUCAACAAUUUGUCCACUUACAUGGCUGUUCUUGGCAAUAACAUGCGACCUCAAGUCAAAAAUAUAACUUAAGUUCAUUUCACCUCUAUCAAUCACUCUAACAGACCCUUCGCAAAACACAGGCUUUCUUCAUUGGGUUCAAAAGAUCACAUCUACAGGUUGUAAUUGGUUGAUUUUGAUCCAUGCUUAUGAUUUUGUUUAUUGGUAAUUAUUUAUUUCAUUCUCUCAGAAAACGGAAAGAGCAUUGAAGUGUCCAAAGGACCAAUAAGUUUCUCAAUAAAGGCUAAAGAAACAAAGAAACCCAAAAUUGAGUACAGGACGAGUGUUAUCUACAAGCAGAGUUGUGAACAAGGUGAAAGUGAUGAGGAAGUUAAUGAGGAGGGAUCAGAAGCAGAGUGCAAGGAGAAAAGUGAAGCCAACGGAAGAAAACCAGAACAGGAGACUGCUGUAAAUAGUGGCUCAACAUCGACAGAAAACUCAGCUCCUGAGGUGGACUCUAUUAAGGCUGCUGAAAGAAUUGGUAUGAAGGACUGUUUUAUUUUUUUUUACGUAGCACUUAAGGCCCCGAAUACAAAUUUAUCCACAUACAAAUUCUCCAGGUUGACAUCCAUACAUUCUCUUAAAGAUCUUGAUAAAGACUGUAUAAAGGAUCAACACAUUUUCCUCUUAAAGAUUAUUUUAUCAUUUCUCAUAACCUCCUCUCUUGAUAAGGUAUUGAUAUUGUUGUGAGAAGAUUGAUGUUGAUCACUCUUGGGAUUUAAAAGGUUGCUACAGUUUUACAUGUACCAUGUGACUUGCCAAGUUCCCAGGCCUUCAAAUUGUCACUACACGGUCAAGGUGUAUCGUAUGGGUCACGGGAUGCAAGCAAAGAGUCUUUCAAUUCUUAUGUAACUGAAAUGAAUUGACCAUGCAGGCCUGGGGAAAGCUGUACAGUUACUAGGUAACCCCUUGCGCCAUUGAUUGUGGUUGAUUGAGAAAGAUUUUCGAAGGAGGUGCAGCUAUGUUUUAGCUUAUGUCACCAUGAUAUUGUAAUUGGCUCUAGGAGUGAACUUGACUGACAUGCUUAUUAUUGUACAGCUCAACAUCUGGAGUCUGAAUCAAGAGAUAAACAGCUUCAAAUAGAACGACGAAGGAAAGCGUCACUCUUCAUAAGUAUGCUCAAGAAAACCAACCCAGGAGAUGAAGUGGAAACAAACCAGUAAGAAACGUACAAAGAGACAACAAUAUUCCAUGGUCACUGCGAAAUUUGAACGUUAGACGUCAUUUCUUUGAUGAAUAAGAGUGUAGACCGUGCAAAAUUGUUGUCUUUUUACUUUUUGGUUUUUACAAUAACAACGUCUAUUUCCUGCCAGAUUUCUUUAAAAAGUGCGCGCAAGAGACAGAGAAGGUCAGAGAAAAAAAUUGCGAUAUCACGUCAUUUCCAUGGUCUGUACUCUGAUAGACCAUAGCUCUCGACCAAUCAGCACGCGAGAAAUCACUCAGUUGUUUGAGAAUUGAUAGUAUUAUAACAAUAUUAUGAUGAAUAUUAAUAUUGAUCUCUUUAGCUUACAGAAGCAGUUACUGGGCGCACAUUCACUGUUGAUUUGCAAUUUUUGAACGAGACGAGUUAGGCGAAAUGAUUAGUUUCAAAAAAUGUCAAUUUUACCCUUUGACUCUUCGGGCCCCAAAUUUAAUUUUAGUUUCAAAAAAUGCUUAAUCUAAUUUAGUUAUCCUUUUUUCUUUGGUCAACCAACUUUCUUUUUUUUUCGCAUCGCUGUUUGUGAAAAAAGCAAAUGCCAUGGGGUGUCUCAGGAGGCAAAAUCUGUUAACUUCACAUUUUUCUAGCAGCAGUUUAGGCAAAAGUUUGCACCGGUUCAAGCGUGAUUUCCAAGAAUGUAUUGAUCAAGAGUGUUGAUUAGCUUUAAGUGUAACUUUGUUCAUUGGCUGCCAUACUUUAUCUAUAGUAAACAUUGUAUUGAAGAAACAUAGCUAAAGUAGCAGUUUUUUUAACAGGUCUUCGCAAGAAAAUUUAGUACCAUCUGGGAGGACCAGAAAAUUUAUGGAAAAACGACAGGAUACACGGUAAUUAGUUAUUUCUGCAACCGUAAAAUAGUGGAGACAUCCAGAGAGAUUUAAAGGAAAGAAAUCUUUCGUCAAGAUAAACUUAUUGCUGUGCGUCGUGUGAAGUCAUUUCUCUUUGGACAUUUUAUCUUUCUUCUCCUCUUUCAAUGGUAGUUUUUGAUGUUGUGGAAGCUACUGUGCAGUAGCUACCAGCUGCGCCGUGGUGAUCUAGAAAGGGUAGAGGAAGAGAGAGAGAGAGAACGUGCUCGUGUGAACCAGGAAGGAAAAGGCACCUUCACGCAAGUAGCCCUGCCACGCAGGUUGAUCUUGCUGGUAUUGGGUGAUCGCAAGUUCCUAACACCUAAAACCUUUUAGUUCUUCCCAACCCUCAGUUUGAGUACUUCCUUACAUAUUUUUAUCUUUAUUUGAUAGAGGCCAGGCUCCAGAUGUUCAAAAGCUGGAUAGUGCUAUCCACUGGAUAAAUUACUAUACAGUGGUUAAGUAUUAGGGAAAGCAAUUGCGCUAUCCAUUGGAUAGAGAUUUAUCAAGUGGAUAGUACUAUCCAGCUUUUGAACAACUGGAGCCAAAACAACUGAGGCCAGGAGAGUAAUUAGAAACUUACGCCUUCUGUCUUAGGCCUGAGUCUCCUCCUGUGAAAAGAAGCCGCAUUAGCGAUGACGAUAGUGAUUCACUGAGUGGAGGAGUCGGGUCUCCAUCUCCUGGCAGCAUCCGGGUUACUCAGGUCAGUAUUGCACUGUGCAUUACUAGUGCAUUAGAGCGUACACCAAGACUGCGGUAGUUUUGCCUGAGUACUAGGCCUUCCUAAGGGGCUAGGGGAGAGGAGAUUUUAGAGAACUUCACCAACAGGAAUAAUUCGCUCUCUGUAAGGAAAAUGCCCCUUUGGCAGUGAAGAGUUGAGGCAAGAUAUAUUUGGUGUGCCCUUUUCCUUACUCUUUGUUUCUGUAUCGAUAGUCACUUAACCUUUAUAAUUAUAUAGUGUGGCCUGUGUAGCAAUCGUUUCCAUCUCUUUCUAGCCAAGCGGGGAAAGUGUCAAGUCGCACGAGGGCACAUGGUAGAAGGCGCUCCAGUUUUUCCUUUGUCCUUGCUCGUUUCUUGCUUGGCUAAAAGGGAACAGAAAUGACUGCUACGCAUGCUAAUCUUUCUAAAACCAUUUAUUCUUUAACACAGGAUUUGAUGGCAAAGGUGUUGGCCGCUUCUAGAAACAAGUGACUUGAUUGGAGCACCGAUUGCCUGACUGGGCAGAUUGGCUUUGUCACUGAAGCCUGAGUCAACCUUCAUCUCGUCACAGCUGGACUACAGAGGCCGCGCUACUUCGUAGGCUAGCCUCACGCCUCAAGUUGAAGGGGGACAAACUCGGACAGCAGAAAGUUAACACCAUGUAACUCUGUGCCACAAGAAAUAACCUUGUACAGUGUAAACAGGUUGUGUUUAUA